GAGAAGCAUAUUUGUUGGAGAGGCAUAUUUGUUGGAGAGAUGUUGGUGAAGGUUGCAAAUGAUGGAUAAUCAGGGAGCAUUUCCCAACUCGAAUCGAAGAAAUUGGUCCUCAGGUGAUCUGGAGCACUGACCUACCUGAUCAAAAUCACAAAAUGUGGAUUGUUUGAAUUGGGUCUUCAGUUCUUCCUGCAAGGUUUUUUUUUGAGAGAGAGAGUUCCUGCAAGGUUCAGGAGGAGAGAGAAGGUGUAGAGAGAGAGGGGGAGAGAGAGAAGGGAACUGCAGUCUGCAUUGCAAUCCCCCACCCAACCCAACCCAUGAAAUGAAAUGAAUUCAAUGAACCCAUAUCGAUCGAUUGAUAUGUGCCUCCGCCUCCGCCGCUCUGCCUCCUCCUGGGCCGCCGCCGUCGCUGACCACGCUCGCUCCGGUCGCCACGACGCCGCGCUCACUGUCUUCCGCCGCGUUCUCGCCGUCCACCCGACCACCGCCGCCGCCGACGAGCUCGCCUGCUCCGCCCUCCUCCGCUGCUGCGAUGCCCGCUUGGCCUACCAGAUACACGCCCAGGCAUGCCGGCGCGGCUUGGUGGCCUCCAAUCCCGUCCUGGCCUGCUCCCUGCUCGCCUUCUACGCUGCCGCCGCCUCCUCUCCCACCGCCGCAAUACCGCCUGCCUGCAACCUGUUCGACGAAAUGGCACACAAGGAUGCCGUCUCCUACACAGCCAUGAUCUCUGCUCUCGUCCGCGCGGGCGCGGCCCACUGGAGGCAAGCUCUCGCGCUCUAUCCCUGCAUGCUCCAAGCCGGUGCGCCGCCCACUCAACACACCUUCGCCCAGCUACUCUCUGCCUGCGCCUCCGGCCGCCUGCACCACCAAGGCACUCAGCUUCAUGCUCAGCUCCUGCGCUGGGGAGCGGGUCUCAACCUGGUGCUCAAGACCGCGCUCCUCCAUAUGUACUGCAACUGCGGCAACAUGGGCUAUGCCCACACCGUGCUCCACUCCACGCCUCAAACCGACGUCGUGCUCUGGACCGCCAUCAUUACUGGCUACGCGCGGAGUGGAGACCUCCAGUCUGCUCUUCAGAUGUUCCGCUCCAUGACCCGUGCUGCAGUGCUGCCCAAUGCCUUCACCUACGCUGCCCUGAUCUCUGCUUGCUCCUCCUUCCGGGCACUGCAGCCUGGACGGCAGAUUCAUGCCCGCUUGUUCAAGUUUGGACUAGAGCAUGAUACCUCAGUCUGCAAUGCACUUGUGGACUUGUACAGCAAGUCCUCCAGCCGUUUACUCGACUUGUUGCACACUUUCCAUGCAGUCGACAAGCCGAAUGUCGUGUCCUGGACUGCCUUGAUCGCUGGACUUGCAUGCCAUGGCAGAGAUGAGGAGGCGUUUUUGGCAUUUUCUCAGAUGCGGCUUAGCGGGGUGCUUCCCAACUCGUUCACCGUCUCCACUCUUCUCAAAGGCAGUAGCUCCUCGCUAGCUUUCCUGCAUGCCAGGAAAAUCCAUGGCUACAUUCUCAAGACCAGCUUUGAAUCUUUGGAUGCAGCUGUUGGGAACUCCUUGGUUGAUGUUUAUGUUAGGUUUGCAAGGAUGGAUGAUGCAUGGGCAGUGGCGACCACAAUGGCCUUCAUAAGGGACAGGUUCACAUACACAAGCCUUGCUAGAGGGUUAAAUCAGAUGGGCCUUCAACAGAGGACCCUUGAAAUGUUUGUCCGGAUGUUCCAUGAGGAUGUUGAUAUCGAUGGUUUCAGCAUCGCUAGCUUCCUUUCGUCUGCUGCAAGCUUGGCAUCCAUAGAGACUGGGAAGCAGUUGCAUAGCUGCUCGGUGAAACUAGGAUUGAGUAGUGACAUUUCGGUCUCUAACAGUCUUAUUGACAUGUACAGCAAAUGCAAGUGUAUGGGGGAUGCUAGGAGCGUUUUCCAGUCAAUCAGCGAGCCAAAAGUUGUGUCCUGGAAUGCCUUGAUGUCUGCACUGGUAUCCAACGAGUAUUAUAAUGAAGCGUUGUCGGCUUUCGAAGACAUGACAUUGGUUGGAGCUAAGCCUGAUGGCAUCACUUUCUCACUAAUGCUUUUCGCUUGCAACCGCAGUGGCUUAGUUGACAUUGGCAUCAAAUACUUCAACUCUAUGGGCAAUUUGUUUGGUGUUCUCCCACAGAGGAGCCACUACACACUCUUUCUGGAUAUGUUAGGACGAUCAGGUCGUCUUACAGAGGCAGCGAGCACCAUUGAUGUUAUACCCAUCCAGCCAGACCUAGUUAAUGUGCAGGGCUCUAUUGGCAUCUUGAAAUCUCUGUAAGAAUCGAGUCAUAGGUGGAAAUAUUGCAAGGAACUUAGAUUGUGGCCAAUCAUUCAUCAAGGAUGGCAUCUGCGGUACUCCGGUGAUAGAAGAGUGUCGUCUGCAGGCCCCAAGAUCCACAAGGGUUAUUUCUUGGGCUUUCCCUUCUGGCAUCUUCAAGUUGAGCACAGGAGGCAGGAGAAUGGACAAGAUAAACUUCUGGCAACGACAUGACAUCAUCUGAAAAGUUCUGAUCCAUUGGUAGUCCCCAUACAGUCCCCUUUCUUGUUUGGCUACCUGUAAUUGUUUGUGCACAGAUAAGGUACGUAUAUAAUUUCUAUUUUCACAAUAUGGACUUUUCAGUCAUUCUAGUCUUUAAACAUACCAUUUGAUUAUUCUAUACAACAAAUGGAGCAUCAUAGUCAAUACUUUAGCCAAGUAUGUCCAAAAGUGGGUAUAGUAUGCAAGAAAAGGGACGAUGAAAGGCUUCACGAAGGACUUGUAAAGCCUCACAAAGGGCUGUAUUGCUUGUUCUGGAUUAUUUAAUAAACCUGCAUGUGCACUAACAUUUUUAGACUGCUUUUUAGCUACCAACAUUAUAAACUAAACAGUUGAUUCUAUGAAGCAUGUACCUUCAGCUAUAUUCGGGAAUGUGUCAAACAAGUUGGUAGCGAUAUUUAGUAUUUCCUGUAAGCAUUGGAAUAUUUCAUCAGUGAGAGUUAUACUUCUGAUUCAGUUGGACUGUAUGGUAAUAUAGACAAGAAACUCAUUAGCAUGCCUACCAGUGAAAACUUGCAUGGUUUCACUGGUGACUCUUGGAAGAUAUGAAUUUUCCUGCAUUGUGUUAGAAUACCAUCAGAGAUAACAGAAGGGGAAUAUUAUUUUUAUUUAUUUAGAGGCUAAACCGAAGCAUAGCCACUGCAACGUUAUAGCUCUAAGAGUCAGCUAACAUGAAUGCAAAGGAAACAUGGAAACAAAAAAUAUUGUUUUUGAAAUAGACAAAGAAAAUCUCCCAAGAGCAGUUAUUUAUAUGAACUACCUAAUAACAAGUGCUGCUUCUUUUCUUGAACAUAUGUAGAAGCUGCAGCCCUUGGUGAAGGGGAUGGUUUUACCAUUCCAUUCUGUAAAAGCAAUAUAAUUAUACCAUUAUCCAAGUUGAUUGUCUUAUCACUUCUAUUGAGUUGUAUUACACAGUAUCUUACCAAGAUGCCACAUUACUGCGAAAGUGGGUUCCACUCCUUGAGAAACCUCAUCGAUGGCAAAUUUGAAAUUCUUUCCCAUUGCAUCCAUCAGUCUCCUGAAGUAGGUUUGGGUACUCUACAUGCAGCGAAGUUGCUGUGAAUAAUUUUGAGUAUGGUAACCAGGUCUUGAUAGCUCGGUUUCCAAUAUAUAUAUGGAGCAGUGGACUAAAAAAUGCUGUAGCUUAUAUACUGUAGGUCUGUAAUAUGAGAAUGAAGAACAAGUAAAACCUUGAUGUCCAGCAGCUUAUAGUAUGCGUUGUCGUCGAUGAUGCAGUCAGGAGCAAUCAGGUUUUCAAGACGUUUGCUGUCCUUCUCGUUGAGGGAGGAGUAGAACUGCUGGAUCACAUCGGGUAGGGGCGAACCCCCGCGGCCACCAGUUGAAUUUGGCCCUAGUGUUGCUUGCGGCGCUUCUGAGGCCUUAGCUGUACUUGUAGUUUGAUGAAAGUGGGAGGAGAUUGGAAGGAAGCAGCCGUUAAGGCAGAAUUGAUCAUCAUUGUGUUGGUUGUUUGUCUGUCUGUUUGAUGACGGGAAGGAAUUGGCCCCUGUUAAAGACUAAUCUUCAGUAAACAUAGGCCCGCUUGGUUUGGUUUUUAAGGAGAGGAACCAGGAAUGGAUUGUCUUUUGCUUGCUUGCCUACCAAACGAAACGGUGGAAGAGGAUGCCAAUCUGCGCAUGGUAGUUUUGCUGUUGCUGGAAAAGGGGUAUCAGGCAAAGAUGCAGAACAGAGAUGGAUGCAUGGGUGAGAUAAGAAUCAGAAUCAUCAGCGCAGCUGGCUUUGCGACCCAGAAGCCAGAAAGGUCGCCUACGUGCUUGCUGAACUGUACUACUCUGUACAUAUUCUGAUAUGCAUGCAUACGUAGUACUACAAUACAAACGUGUUGCAUACAGUGUACUACGACAUACUAUAAACCCUCCUCUUUAUAAGUGACGUAUGGUAAAAGAUUGAGCUGGCUAAA